AAACGAGAGUGCUGAAGUCAGCACAUUUCUUUAAAUGGGUCUGCACAGUGGAGCUGAUCGAGGGAAGCGAUGAUGGAGAGAACAUCUGGGCAAGAAGUGGAAAUUGGAGACAUGCCAGGUUCACUGCUAGAGGCGAAAGAUGAAUGUGGUCAACCUCCCACAGCCACUAUCCCUUCGCCGACGUUACCGUUUCCAGGUAUCAGCAUCCCAGAUAAACUCAUCAGGACUUGUCCAGUGUGGCUUCAGCUCAACACCAGGAAAGAAAAAGUCAAAGAAAUACUCCAACGGGAGCCACCAGGGAGAUUCAUGGUGAGGAAAGAUUGCACCCUCUCAAACAUGGUACUUUCAGUGAAUUUUCCUGGACUUGGUGGAAUCCCUAACAUUCAAGAUUACUCAAUAAAGGAAGAUAAAUCAAUUGUGUAUUUGGAUGGCUCCUUAUUGGCUUUUGAAGAUAUCUUCAAAAUGGUGACAUUCUAUUGUGUGAGCAGAGAUAUACUGCCAUCAACACUGGUUUUGCCACAAGCAAUAGCAGAAGCAACAAAUUCUGAAGAGUUACAAGUUGUUUCGCAUCUGGGAAUAGAUUUCUGGAGUUCAUAUUUAAACAAACGAUGUCAGGAAGAAACUUCUCCAGUUUUGAAAGACUUGAAUGCCAUUAACAUCCAGACUCAAGGCCUGCAAAUGACUCCGAAUUUGUCUGCUGACAAAAAGCAAAGUUCAUGUGAGACUGAGUUGUCAGCAGGAAAUGACAAGUUGUGGUUUGUCAAUCCUGUGUUUAUAAAAGAAUAUUGCGGCACUGUCCCUUCAACAGAACCAUCAGGAGACCAACGCCUGAGCUCUACAAAUAACAUGGAUCUAAAAGUGAGGAGACCUCCACCACUCCCUCCCCGACCAAAGCCAUCAGAACUGAUUGCUGCACUGUCUGAUAACUGUGGAGAUAGAAGCCAGUCACUGUAUGGCAAAGCGUUCAAGGAAAAUGAUGACGAAAUUAAAAUUGGAAGGGAGCAUGUCGAGUUAAUCAAGCAGAUUGAGACCUUGCCACAGGCAAUCAGUGUGGACAAUAUAGAAACUCCAAUCCCCAAGUUCCCACCAGUCCCACCAAGGCGUCGGCCAUCGGAAAAGCAAUCUAUAGACCUUGAAAGCAGCCAGAGUGAAGAGGAAAGGAAGGAGCCUGAGGAAGUGAAACAAAGCGUUGAUAAUACAGUGAAUGAUAAGCCACUAGUCGAAGACUCCAUCAAAUCUACAGCAAAUGAACAGCAGGAAUUGCUGAGUGACAAAUUGCAGAGUAUUGAUGAUCUGAACAACAGCACAUCAGGCAGGCCCAAUACUGAGCAAUGGAAACAAUCAGGUCAGUCUACACCUAUUGCACCUCCAAGAAAAAAAAAGUUAUCCACUCAACUUGCCAAGAAAAACGCCAAUCAAGAGCACACUACCAGAGGUCAGGAAAACAAAGUGUCAAAGAUAGUUAAGUUAGUUACAAUAAAGGAUCAGUCGGAAGAUGCCUCUGACUCCUCGGUGCAGAGUGACUGUGUGCAAUCAUAUAACUUAACUGAUUUGAAAAUAACUGAUGGGUCGUUGUACUCUCCUGAAGGUAACAUACCCAAUCCCAUUUCGGAAGUGGAUUCUUACUCCACCAGCAGCACAGAGGAAGAGCAAGAUCCAGUGCACACUCAUUCACAAACUAGGAAGCAACGCCGCUCUAUGAUGUUGGACAAAGCGAAAAACAGACUGUCGAUUGUGACGUUAAGCAAUGUUUUGAAUGCUUUCCGUUCAACAGACAGGAAAAUUCGGAAGAAAAUAACAGAACUGGCUCAAGAGAAGGAGUCCUAUUUUGGUCACCUGGUCCAGGAUUACAAAGCAUACACAAUGGAAGUAAUGCAAAAUCAUACUUCUAGCACCGAAAUGUUGCAGGAGAUUCGGCAGAUGAUGACGCAGCUCAAGAGCUAUUUACUACAGAGUACAGAGCUGACCUUAAUGGUGGAUUCAUCUUACCAAUCUGAAGAAAAACUGGAAGCUGUUGUGGAAUCAGCAUUGUGUAAAUGUGUUCUCAAACCAUUAAAAGACCAUAUCAACAUGCAGCUAAAGGAAAUUCAUUCCAAAAAUGGCAAUCUGAAGCUUUUGAAAGAGAACCAACAGAUUGUGCAAAACACAACCACCACUGAUUUGGGUGUAACUACCAGUGUACCUGAAGUUAGCCUCUUGGAGAAAAUACAGCAGAAACUGAGUACCAUGCACCAAGCUUAUUCACCGGACAAGAAGGUCACUUAUCUGCUCAAGUCGUGCAAACUGAUUUAUGAUUCGAUGUCGGUUGGAAAUACUGCAAAGCCACAUGGUGCUGAUGAUUUCCUCCCUGUGUUAAUGUACGUGCUGGCAAGGACUAACCUGACAUCAUUGCUUCUAGAUGUGGAAUAUAUGAUGGAGCUGCUGGAUCCAUCAUUACACUUAGGAGAAGGAUAUUAUUACUUAACAACAACCUAUGGUGCCCUAGAACAUAUCAAACACUAUGACAAACACACUGUCACUCGCCAACUUAGUCAUGAGGUCCAGGACUCAAUCCACCAAUGGCACAGAAGACGAACCCUGAACAUGAAACAAACAUCUAGGUCAUCCAUGCAGGAUUUCCUGAGUAUACACUUUUUAGAGCUUGGAUCUAAUGUCAAAACGUUUGCCAUAAGCUCAGAGACAACCGCAGAGAAGCUGUCCAGUCAGUGUGCCGAAAAGUUUGGCAUCUCAGAGACUGAGGACUACUGCUUGCAUCUUGUCGUGGAGCAGAGGAGCCUGAAGCUUGCUGCUGACGCGAUGCCUCACUGCCUCAAGAACAUCCUUCACAAGAGCCAGCCACAAAAGGACUAUUAUUUUGUAUAUAAGCAGAUCGACCUGUCGGAGCAAGCAACAAACCCACCAAUAAAGAACCUCCCGACCUUUUGACUUUCUUAUAAUGAAAUGAUAGAGCUGCGUUAUUUUUCUGAGAAUUAAGAGAGGAAAAGGAUGCAGUAUUUUGCAUGAAAAUGUUUGGAGACUAACAUGAAAGCCGGAAAUCCUGGAAAUUCACAGCAGCCCAGUGAGCAGCUGAAGAGGUGAUCUAACCCUUUAUCAAGGCUUCAACUUAUUUUUCUUGUUAGUUUAGGAAUUAUUAAGUAUUUCUGGUUUUUCUCCUCGAUAUUUUUGAAUGUUUUUAAAACAAUACUAUUUAUACGUUUUCUAUGAUUAUAUUUGUCUUUGGGGCACUACUUCCCUUGUUUCCUGUCUCUAUUAUUGUAAAUGGAAACUCAAUGAGGGGAGCAUUUGACAGUCUGUCAAAGGUAGACUUGAGUGUACUAAAACUUAAAGAAAUGGUGUGAGAAAUACAUGUUUGAAACUAAUUUUAUGGUUGCCUCAAAGAUUUUGGUCCAAUCACAGAAAAUGACAGCACGACUAAAGUGCCAGUCUGUGGUCUUUAUGGAUAUGCAGUCCCAGUCCUGUCUUUGUUAGUGCAACAGGGAUUGGCUGUGUGAUCAUCAGGCAGUGAAUGAUCAUCUGAUCCCUGGAGAUAAAUCUGUUUGUUUGAGUGGUAAUGUGUCUAGGUGAGCAGUGAUGCUAACAUGUCAGAUAAGAAACUACCUUGUGGCCUGCUGCUAGCAAUGUGAUUCACAAAGUAUUCAUAGCUUGGUGAGAAACAAGAGGGCCAAGGCCAUAAAUGUAUUUGAAUCAGAGGAUUAGAAAUAAAAAUCGAGGCAUUGGUGGAUUUGCGUGCACAUAGCUGAUGAGUGAACAGAUUAAGGUAUGGGAACGUAGAUUUGAAUGAGUUAUGGUUUUUGAAACAUGGAAGAUGGUAGGUUAGUCAGGAGAGAAUUGGUUUUGUCAAAUCUGGGUUUAACUAAAUAUUGGAUGAAGAUGGCAGAUAUGCCCAAUCAGGCAGAGAUGGCCAUUGUUGUACAGUUACAUGUGACUACUUUUUGUCAACCCUGUUCUAUUGUGGUAUUUCACAUGUUAAUGAACAAGCAAUGACCAAACCUUCACUUUUAAAAUCUAAUGCAAGGUGGCCAUGCACACUUAGCAAAAUUAUGAAUUUCACUCGAUUGCAUUGGAUUGUAACUAUUAGGAAGCAUCUUUUGCUGAAAGUAAAGUAUUAUCAAACAACUCUCUGAUAUAAAAGCCAAAAGAAUUGUGGAUGCUGUAAAUCAGGAACAAAAACAAAGUUGCUGGAGAAGCUCAACAGGUCUGGCAGCAUCUGUGAAGGAAAAAACAGAGUUAACGUUUCGGGUCCAGUGACCCUUCCUCAGAACUCUCUGAUAUGUUUAUUGCUGUCUGUUUAAAGCAAACAAAUUAUUGGAAUGAGUGGCAUAGGCUAUGGAUAACCUUUUCACGAUGUCAGCUAUUCAGCUGUUCCAGAGUCAACAAACAUCACAAGGUGCAUUGUAAAGGGGGGUUAACACAUGAAACAGGCAGCAAUCCGACCAUCCACAGGAGAUCCCCUUUAGAAUGGUGCUGGCUAAAAUAUUGGGGGAGCUAAGUUGUCAGACCCCAGUUGAGGUUGUUGCUGCACAGUUUAUGUCCACUUGAACAAUUAAAAUCAACCCCUAUCAUUUAUGAAAAUGUAAAAGAAAUAUGUGACACUUGACCAUCAAUAUUUGUCUCAAACCUAAGUUUGUGCAUUUCACAAGACGGGAUAAUGCAUUGCACAUGCAGUGAGAGUGGGAUAUGCACUGAAAGAGAUGGGAAAAUGGUUGUAUACUUCACAUGAUGGUGGAGUGGGUGCAUACUGUAAACAGUGGGGGAGUCAGUAUAUACAUGAUGGGGUGUGGGUAUGUACUGUACACAGUGGGGCAGUGGGUGUAUACACAAUGGGGAAUGGGUGUAUACUGUGCAUGAUGGGGGAAUGGUUGUAAACACAAUGGGGGAGUAAGUGCAUACUGUGCAUGAUGGAGUGGGUUUAUACAUGACGGGGGAGUGGGUGUGCACUGUACACA